UGCUAGGCACCAGAUCCCUGAAUUAAGCAUUGGGCUCCACACCAAAAAAUUAGUAUCAUUUUUCCAAUUUUUUAAAAAUGUUGGUGACCUAAUUUGAGACUAACCCUGCUUAAUAACUCCAUAAUCAUUUAAUUAAAAUUUUGUUUAUGUAAUGACGGUAUAAGCUCUCAGUCUCUGGUUUUGCCAAAAUCUGUUUAGCAAUCAUUUCAGAUUCCUAAAUUCUUGCUUCAUUUUUUUGACUCUAAGUCAGAGAUUGGAUUUUUUUUUUGAGGGUUUAUGAGUAAAAAUUUGAGAGUGUUGUUAAGUUAAAUGGUGUCUCUGUUCUUCUCCAUCAAACUUAAAAAAUGUCAGAGAGGAAGAUUCAUAAUUUCCAGCUCCAAAACGAGAAUUUGAAUCAACAAAUCUCGCCUUCUCCUUCUCCAAUCACCGUGAAUCAUCAAUCAAACGAUUCUUCUUCUUCUUCUUCUUCCUCCGGUGGUAAUAAUCGAAUAAGCCCCAUCGUUCUCUUCAUCAUCGUUCUCUUAUCCGUAAUCUUCUUCAUCUGUAGCAUUCUACAUUUGUUGGUUAGAUAUUACUUAAAGAAGAAAAGAUCGAGUCUUUCUUCAUCACCAAACGAAUCUGAUCAAAACCCAGAAUUUUCCGAAUCCGAUACUUACCAAAGACAGCUUCAACAGCUUUUUCAUCUCCACGAUUCAGGUCUAGAUCAAGCUUUAAUCGAUGCUCUCCCUGUGUUUCUUUACAAAGAGAUCAAAGGUACGAAAGAGCCUUUUGAUUGUGCAGUGUGUCUUUGUGAAUUCUCGGAAGAUGAUAAGCUUAGAUUGCUUCCUAAUUGUAGUCAUGCUUUUCACAUAGAUUGUAUCGAUACUUGGCUUCUCUCGAAUUCGACUUGUCCACUUUGUAGAGGAACCCUUUUCUCUUUAGGUCAUCAAUUUGAAUACCCGGAUUUCAAUUUCGGGUUUUUCGCCGGAGAUGAUGGAGGAGUUAGGGUUUCUCCGGUGCAGAAACCGGCUGAUAAUGAGAUUGGGAAGAGAGUGUUUUCAGUGAGGCUUGGUAAGUUUAGGAGCAGCAAUAUUAACAACAAUGGUGAAGUAGUAGUAGGAGGAGGAGGAGAGACUAGUGGUGGGUGUGUGAGUAGUAGUAGUCUUGAUAACAGAAGAUGUUUCUCAAUGGGGUCUUAUCAGUACAUAGUGGCUGAAUCAGAUCUGGUAGUGGCUUUGUGUCCUAAUAAUGAAGGAUUAAAGAAUGUGAAAGAAGGAGAGAGUAAUAAUAAGGAUGUUGAAGGGAAGAAGAUUAACAUGAGAAGUAAAGGUGAGAGCUUUUCUGUGUCAAAGAUUUGGCAAUGGUCUAAUAAGAGAUCAAAGUUUCCUAAUAAUCCAUCAGAGACCAAUCUUGUGGUGUGUGGUUCUUCUUCUUCUUAUGCUUGUUCUGGAUCUGGGAGUGCAGUUGCUGCUGGGUUAGCAUUGAAUGGAAGGAGAUUUCAGGGUCCAUAAGGAAGGGUAAAGAUCAGAGAGGGUAGCUUAAUUCUGCCAUUGAUUUAAUUCAAUUAUUGAUUUUGAGUUUUGGUGAAUUCAUUUUGUUUAACACGAUACUGUAGUGUUAUUUUGUGUCCUCUGUAGCUGAAUCUCUUUGUGUUGAGGGGAAUAAGCUUUUGUUACUUGAUGAUGUUAUAGUGAUACACUCUUAUAUGGGAUGUUUCUAGUUCUAAAUCAAACUUUGUUCAUAAUCAGUUGAGAAAGUUUGAAGAAGAUUAGAUUCU